CUGCUGUAGUUGGCCGCCUAUGCCUUGCCUUUACGAUAAACUAACUCGCUGCAUCACGACGGCUUAGUGCCCAUCUACAAAGAACUUUCGCGUUGCGUUCGAUUUCGCGUUAGUUAUUAUCGUUUGUCUCUGGGUGAGAGUCGCGUUGCAAAAACUGCUUGCUCGUAUUAGUUGGCAAAUAACUAUUUGGUGGAAUGUUGUCUUAAGUUAGUUAGAAGUCUACAAAAUGCAAUAUUUAUAACACAAACUGUGCGGACCACCACGGGAGUGUAUGUAUGUGUAUAGUGUAAAAAGGAAAGGAAGUGCAAGAGUAAAGUGAAAGCAAUAUGAAUUAGUGGUGAAGAACUCUUAUUUGAAUGAAUUAUCAGGGAAAACACACAGGUUGUGCCCUAAAAAAAAUUCGGAAGUACCAAAAAUGAGAACACGUUUUUGAAAAGAAACUAUGUACAUACAUAAGUGACAAAAUAAGUGCAACGAAACAGAAAUUUGUGUAAAGUGAAGCAAAUAAAUAUUUUAAACAAAUUUGUGUGUAUUAAAAAUACCUACAAAUAACGAAAGCAUAAAUUAAUGCAUUUGAUUAAAUCGCAUUUUAUGAAACUGGCAAAUUGCAUGCAAUAUGUGUAAAGCGUUAAAAAUCUGUGUGCUUGUGUUCAAAAAUUAAAUUCUAAAAUAAAAAUCUAAAGAAAGUAUAAUAAAAAAAAGCAAAGAAGUUGAAUAAAACAAAAUCUUCGCAAAAAGUGGAAGUACUCAUAUAUACAUUAAAUGUUUAUAGAAUAGCAAAUUCAGCUUCGAUGUCGCAGAAUUUACACAUAGAAGAAACCGCUGAUUGCAGUACAUAAAUACGAAGUUGAAUGUGUGGCCGAAAAAUCCAAUUGCCCGUUUAACUAGGUCAAUCCCGAAUGGCGUGAGUGCAUAGGUGACCAAUCGAUGGUACCCAAAUAAAUCUUCCCAAAACUCUUGUAUUGCGCUUUUGUAUUGACUACAACAGAAAUGUAAAUGAUGCAAGGGAAAAAUGUCGCGCCAGAUUCGAGUUUCGCAUGCCAACUCGAUUGCAAACACAACAAAAAGCGCAACAACAAAACGAAAAACAAAAACCACACAUGUGUGAAAUCCAUACGCUGACGGGCUCUGAAAUAUCAGCAUACAAUCUUACACAAAAAAGAAAUCCUUUGUCACCCGUCAACGAAUUCUUUUUUAGUCGAAUAGUUGCUUGACCCAGCAACCCGCAAUGUAUCGCUUAAAUGUACAACAACAGCAAUCUCAGCAGCAGUCAUCCUCUUCAUCAGGAUCGUCGUUGUCUUCGUCUGCCAAAUCCUCAACGCAGUCGUCGGCCACGAAUGCUGCCACCUCCACAACAACAACAACAACAGUCAUACCCAGCCACAUUUUGUUGCAGCAACAAUUGGCGGCUGCCGCAGCAGCUGCCGCGGCCGGCAUCAAUCAACCGCCAGCUACAAUCGCUGCUACGCAUUUGCUUAGCGUCGCUGCCAUUGCCAGUGGUGACGUCGGCAGCGCGCUAGAUCUGAAUGGCGGCCAUCAGCAACGUGCGCUCAUCCAUCAACCGCGGCAAGCACAUGCGCACCAUCGUCUGCACGCCAACAACAACAGCCCCAGCCCCAGCCUUAGCCUUGGCUCGGCUGCAAUCGGUGGUGGUGGUGCUGGUGGUGUUGGUGUUGAGACGCCCUCCACCAUCAUAACGAAUGUGAUGGCCGCAUCGGUGGAGGAGAAAAUAAAAAUAAUUUCGACUGCCAUUAAAGCGGAGCCGCUGCAUGAAUUCAUUUCGCUGACAACUUCGGCAGCUGCGGCUGCGGCUGCGGCACCGGCAGCAACUACGUCAACGUCAUUAGUUAACAAUGGCGGCUCGCACAGUAAAAUCAGCAAUACUAGCAUUAAUCACAUCAGCAAUAAUACUCUAAGCAACAGCAACAACAAUAGCAAUAAAAAUCACGGCAAUCCCAGCCCGAACUCGAAUACAAACUCGAACAACAGCAACAACAAUGUUUUAGCACUCACUGUCAACACACUGCCGUCAGCGGCGGCAUCCUCCAGCGGUACUUCCAUUUCCGUUGCUGCCAAGAAGUCUUCUGCGGUGAGCGCUGUCAGUCAUGCCACCGCAACAACAAUAGCUGUGAGUCCGUUAAGCAGUGCAAAUACCAUAAAUCUGGUUGUUGCUGGUGGCGCAGACGGAACAGCUUCUACCUCCAGCGGUGGCGCGGGUGGAACUUUGGUUAUCACCACUGGCGGCAGUCAUGGCGCAACGCCGUCUUCAUCGUCUGCGGCGGCAGCAGCAGGUAGUAGCAGUGGCUCCACAGCCAAUGGACAUUUAGUUUUUGUGCCCAAGCGCGCACGUUUGGAAUGUCCUCCAAGCAACGAGGAAUGGAUUUCCACCUCUAGUCCGGGUAGUGUGCCCAGUUCAGCACCACCGUUAAGCCCAUCGCCGGGCUCGCAGAACCACAGUUACAGCGCGAAUAUGUCGAAUGGCUACGCAUCGCCGAUGUCAGCAGGCAGCUACGAUCCGUAUAGUCCCAAUGGUAAACCAGGUACGUUUCUUCCGUAAAGUCAAAUGCUAGGCGGCAAGUGGGCAUGAUUGAAGGUUUGCAAAAGGAAAAAUUAUCCAUAAUCCUAGUUACGAAACUCUAAAUGUCUGAAUGUUGACUUUUGGAUUUUAAAUUUUUUUUAUAAUAUGUAGACAAAAUAUGUCGUCUAAAUCUCAAGAUUUUCUGUCAGGUUAUAAAUCGGUCAUUAGGUUACUCUGAGCGUCAUAUUAAAUAUAAAUAUUUGGCUACAUAAGUACAUAUAGGGGAUGGCACAAAACUUGCCAGGUGGGAAGUAGGGUUUUAAACCAGGUUCUGCGCUGACCCUAUUUUUUCAGUUUCAGCUCAUUGCAGCCUUUCCAGGCUGAGAAUUCGGCCGUGUAUUUACUCCUAAGUGGAAGGUCCUAUCGCCUUGUUUUGCUUUGCCAGAGCUUCUAAAGUAUUGGAAAAAAGCAAUUUUUUGACAUUUUCACCUCGUUUUUCUCAAAAUCUAUACCUGAUGGAAACUUUAUACU